AUGCCAAAUCGCGAACUUAAUCGAAAUUCGGGUGUGCAAACUAGAUCUCGUAAUGCGCCCCAAACAAUUCAACCUGUUCAAAGUAAAGAUUUAGAGUGCCCUACAGAGAUACAAACUAGCCAACAGCAAACCGGAGGUGCUGCAAGUUUACUUGUAAGCAAUGCCAAGGAGAAGAAUAAUGACAACAAUGACGAAGACAACAGGAUUCGUAAUAUUGUUUCUGCAGUAAUUUCGGCUAGGAAUGCUACCAUAUUUAGCAAUUUAGAUGAUCGUAUAUCGCUAUUAUUAGAACAAAAGCUUGAAGCAGCUAUGACAAAUUUGUUUGAGCGCUUAAACUUGAAUUCACAGCCAGCUCAACCAGCUGUUAAUCGCAGUCCUGAUGCAAGUGUUCCCCAAAUAAAUAUGCCUCGAAACAAUUCAACCCCAGUUUGGCCCACAGAUGCUAAUAAUUUCGCAAUCAAUCAAGACUUUCCUAACCAGAUUGACCAAUUUCGUUUUAGUAACAUAUCAAGUGUUCCGAACUCCGGUAGAGUCGCUCAAUUGAUAUCUAACUGGGACAUAAAAUUUGACGGUUCUCCAAAACUUUCAGUUGACAGUUUUUUGUAUCGAAUAGAAUGCCAAGUUACAGAUACGUUGUGUGGUAACUAUAAUUUGCUUUGCGAACACAUUCAAAGCUUGUUCUUGAAUGAAGCAAAGGAUUGGUAUUGGCGAUAUCGCCGUACCAUAGAACGUGUUACCUGGCCAUCCCUUUGUGAAGCGCUGCGCACAAACUUUCAGCAGCACAAGACGGAUUUCGAAAUAAAAGAGAUAGUUCGCAGUCGAAAGCAAGGACAAUAUGAGUGCUUUGACGACUUUCGUAACGCGGUCAUUAAACUAGCUGAACCUUUGCAGACACCUUUUACUGAAUCCGAACUAAUAGAAAUCUUGCAAUACAAUUUGCGACCUCGAAUUCGACAGCAGUUACUUUAUGUGCAAAUAAAUUCUUUGGCUGAAUUACGUAGGCUCUGCCUCAAAGGCGAAAGUCUGAUAAACGAGAUAAAUAAGCCUACAAACUCAAUGGCAAAUACAAACUUGCGACCGCAACCACGUCGUUACAUCAAUGACUUAAAGGCUGAAGAUAAUUUAUUAGCAAGCCCAGAAAUUGAAAUAGAAAUCGAUGAAAUAUCGAAGCAGUCAGCUAAAACCAAACAAGUAUGCUGGAAUUGUAGACGCGAAGGACAUAGAAAGAAGAUAUUUAACACAGACAAUAAAAGCACCACUUAUAGACGUUCGUCCGAUCGUUGUAAACAUUUCUGGAAAAGAGUUAAGAAAAACCGAAAGAUUUUGAAUAGGCUAAUUUGUUCUACAGAACAUAAAACCUUUGAUAUAAGACCAUAUGCUAAAAUUACAAUAUUAGAUUCCGAGCAUUUAGGUUUGCUAGACAGCGGAGCUCAAGUCUCUUGUUUAGGUUCGUCAUUAGCAAAUGAUGUGUGUAAACAAAAGAAGUUGCGUAAGCAUACCAUUUCGAUUUGUACAGCGGAUGGCAAGAAACAAAUCGUGUAUGGCACCAUCGACUUGAAUGUUCAAUUUGAGGACAAGAAUGAGGUGAUUAAAUUUUUUGUAGUUCCCAGUAUGUCUCAAAAUGUUAUUUUGGGAGUCGAUUUUUGGAUUAAAUUUAAAAUAGCUCCACAUAUUAUCUCUGAAAUUUCUUUAGAGCCUACACUUGAUGAGAACAGUAUCAUCUUAAGUAUUGAGCAACAGCGUAAACUAGAUUUGGUGAAAAAUAAAUUUCCCAGCUUCGAGAAAGAAGGACUUGGAAAAACUUCUUUAAUGGAGUAUGCAAUAGAACUUGAACCAAAUGUCCGUCCGAUAAAACAGCGUUAUUUCCCUAUAUCGCCUGCCGUGGAGAAAUUAGUUCAUGCAGAAAUUGAUGAAAUGAUCAAGCUAAGUGUAAUCGAGGAAGCUCCUAAUAGUCCAUGGUCCAGUCCGGUUGUUUUAGUAAAAAAGCCAAAUAAAGUCCGUCUGUGUCUUGACUCCAGAAAAAUUAAUAGUGUCACCGUAAAGGACGCUUAUCCACUUCCUCACAUUGAUGGUAUUUUGAGCAGAAUACCAAAGGCUGAAUAUAUUAGCUCACUUGACUUGCGCCGUGCCUUUUGGCAAAUCCCUUUAGCAGAAUCUUCUCGAGAUUACACAUGUUUCACUGUCCCUAAUCGUCCGCUCUAUAGAUAUCGUGUAAUGCCUUUUGGCUUAUGCAACGCCCCGCAAGCACUUUGUCGCUUGAUGGACCGUGUAAUCCCACCGCAAUUGAAAACCCAGGUUUUCGUAUACUUAGACGAUCUGUUAAUAGUGUCCGCAAGUUUUGACGAUCAUAUGUCUAUUCUGGCAGAGGUUGCUCACGAAUUAAGAAGAGCUGGCUUAACUAUUAACGUAGGCAAAAGCAAAUUCUGUAUCCGAGAGGUUAAAUAUCUUGGGUACAUAGUUGGAAAUGGUACGCUUCGUACCGACCCAGAUAAGAUAUCCGCCGUCUCUAAUUAUCCCGUUCCUACCAGUGUGAAGCUGCUGAGAAGAUUUCUCGGCAUGGCCGGUUGGUACCGUCGUUUUGUGGAUAAUUUCGCAGCAGUAGCCACACCUCUAACGAAUUUGUUGAAGAAAAGUAAGAACUUUUCUUGGAACGACGAGGCACAGAAAUCACUAGAUACUUUAAAGCAAAUGCUAUGUACGGCUCCCGUGUUAGCUAGCCCAAACUAUGAAAAGCCAUUCAUAAUUCAAUGCGAUGCUAGUAAGCUUGGUGUUGGUGCUGUGUUAGCUCAAAAGAACAUUGACGGUAUUGAAGUCCCGAUAGCCUACUUCUCACAAAAAUUGAAUAAGGCCCAGACCAAUUAUAGUGUGACCGAGCUCGAAUGCCUUGCCGCAAUCUUAAGUCUUAAGAAAUUUAGAGCUUAUGUGGAGGGGCAGGACUUUACUAUCGUUACAGACCAUGCUAGCUUAGAAUGGCUCAUGCAUCAGACGGAUUUGUCAAGCAGAUUAGCUCGAUGGUCCCUCAAACUUCAAGGUUAUAGAUUCAAAAUUGAACACCGAAAAGGAACUCUAAAUAUUGUCCCCGAUAGCUUGUCACGUCAAAAUUUCGAUGAAAUCGCUAGUCUUGAAGUCCUCCCGUUGGUUGACUUGCAUUCGUCUGAGUUUUUGUCUGAAGAGUACAAAAAACUAAUACGGUUCGUUCAGGAAAAUGGAGAGAGUCUUCCCGACCUACAAAUAAUAGACGGUCAUCUAUAUAAACGCACUGAACAUCCCAACGGUGAUCCCGAUCGUGAAGCGUUUAACUGA